UAUUGCUGGCCCAUGAUCAAAUGUUUAGCGUUUUCACAUGAAAACGGAGAAACUAUCAGGGGUUUUCACCUAACGUACUUGCCCAUUAGAUCAACGGUCACAAUCAGUGAUCAUGGGUCCCACUACAGACUCCAGACAUAAGAACAAUAUACAUAUCCUUGUGUCGAGGAUCAUUGCAUCGACCAUACAUGUAGACUUUUGCAUGAGAUAGGAUGCAUGCUUUCUUUCCUAAUUUCCAUCAAAAGCUCACCAGCUGAGCCACCCCAGCCAUGCCCACUGCAAAAGCUAGCGCCAUCCGCCAAACAUCAUCCAGCUUAUGGGCCGCACUCAUCGUAAUUGUUGUGGGGCCAACCGUGGUUGCGGUGCUUCUACACGCAGCCGAUGAGUUGGAUCCGGUCCAGCUGCCGGACCAACACUCAUGGUUCUCCUCCCUAGCCGUCCUGUCACGCAACAACCACAUACUCAAAGGGUCCGAAAGGUUGGGUGAUGGGCUUUUGCCUGGGCCAGAGGACUUGGCCUUUGAUGCUGAAGCCGACGUGCUGUACACCGGAUGCGGUGAUGGAUGGAUAAAGAGAGUCAUGGUGGCUGAGGCCGCAGAGACGAUGUCCAUUGAGAAUUGGGUCCACGUUGGUGGCCGGCCGCUCGGGAUCGCUCUUGGAGCAGAUAAGCAGCUCAUCGUCGCCGAUGCGUACAAGGGGCUGUUGAGAGUGACUAUAGAUGGAGAAGUGAACGUGCUGACUGAUGAAGCUGAGGGAGUGAAAUUCGGUCUGACCAACUGUGUCGAUGUCACCAGCAACGGCGUGAUUUACUUCACGGACACAUCCUACAAAUACAAUUUCAACGAGUUCCGGCGCGAUGCUCUUGAAGGUCGUCCUCAUGGACGGCUAAUGAGCUAUGAUCCAUCCAUCAACCAGGCCCAAGUGCUUGUGCGGAAUCUCUACUUCGCCAACGGUGUCGCCCUCUCUCCGCAACAAGAUUUCCUGGUAUUCUGUGAAACCACCAUGAGGAGAUGCAGAAAAUAUAACAUUCAAGGGGAGAAAAAAGGAUUAGUGGAAGACUUUGUUGAUAAUUUGCCGGGAUUUCCCGAUAAUAUUCAUUACUGUGACGGACAUUUCUGGAUUGCACUAGUUUCGGGAAGAACAUUUUCUCUACAUGUGUUCAUGAAGUAUCCGUUUGUGAGGAAAGCUUUGGCGGUUCUGGAGAAGUUUGUGAAGCUGCCCAAGAUGGAGGGUCACGGUGGGGUAUUGUGCGCUAGUUUGGAGGGUCAAGCACUAGCCCUCUAUUCGGAUCCGGCUUUGUAUAGUGUCACCAGCGCCAUUAAAGUAGGGACCCACCUUUACUAUGGGUCCCUCACAAAGGGCCACAUUAGCCGACUUGAUCUAACCCAACACCCUGCACGUACAAUGUGAACCAUCCAUUUGAAAGCAUUUUACAUUUUGAAAUAUAAAUAUGUCAAGAAUCUAAUAGUGCCUCCAGUUGCCAAUAUUCGGAGCUGGGAUUUCAAAGAGGAGAAAUUAUGCCAUUGCCCUCCUUUGCUUUUUCUUUACAACAAAGUAGAAAAUAGAGAGUUUGUGAGGCCCAUGUAGUAUGUCUUACAUCCAACCAGUACGAUAGACGCACAAUGACUCUACUAUUAGACAAACCAAAAAUAAGUUGGAUUUGUGGAUCCAAUUGUAAGAAAGGCAAUCUAUCAAAAUAAUGUACACCAUUUAAAAUAUCUCAAUUCAAAUGUAGCCCAUAUGAUAAUAUGAUUGACUUAACUUUUCUUGGUGUUAUGACCAUGGUGUGGUGCAUAUGGUUAACCAGUUGGAUGUUAUAUAACACAUUGCCCGACAUUUUAUUAUGCACACACAUACACUCACACCACUGGGUUUUCACCGCAAUGGGUACUCGAAAUCA